AUGUUGAGAACAUCAGGAUCGCCUUUGAAGAAGGCAACGCUCAAUUUCGUCCGUACCUAUGCUCACAAAGAAUUGAAGUUUGGAGUUGAUGGAAGAGCUGCAUUAUUGAAAGGAGUUAACACAUUGGCAGAUGCUGUAUCAGUCACCUUAGGUCCGAAGGGAAGAAAUGUAUUGAUUGAACAACAGUUUGGUUCCCCAAAGAUUACUAAGGAUGGUGUCACAGUGGCCAAGUCUAUUACUUUAGAGAACAAGUUUGAAGACAUGGGUGCUAAGUUAUUACAAGAGGUUGCCUCAAAGACUAAUGAGUCUGCGGGCGAUGGUACUACGUCCGCCACUGUGUUGGGUAGGUCUAUCUUCACCGAAUCGGUCAAGAAUGUUGCCGCCGGUUGUAAUCCUAUGGACUUAAGAAGAGGUUCUCAAGCAGCAGUUGAGGCUGUCGUUGAGUUCUUGCAAAAGAACAAGAAGGAAAUCACUACUUCUGAGGAGAUUGCCCAAGUUGCCACAAUUUCCGCUAACGGAGAUUCCCACAUUGGUAACUUGUUAGCCUCCGCCAUGGAAAAAGUUGGUAAGGAAGGUGUCAUUACAGUUAAAGAAGGAAGAACCUUAGAAGAUGAGUUAGAGGUUACUGAAGGUAUGAGAUUCGAUAGAGGUUUUAUUUCUCCUUACUUCAUUACUGACACUAAGUCAGGUAAGGUUGAAUUUGAGAACCCCUUAAUCUUACUCUCCGAGAAGAAGAUUUCCUCGAUUCAAGACAUUUUGCCAUCAUUAGAGUUGUCUAACCAACAAAGAAGACCAUUGUUAAUUUUAGCUGAAGACAUUGACGGUGAAGCUUUGGCAGCUUGUAUUUUGAACAAAUUGAGAGGACAGGUUCAAGUCUGUGCUGUUAAGGCUCCAGGUUUUGGUGACAACAGGAAAAACAUCUUGGGUGAUAUCGCCAUUUUGUCUGGUGGUACUGUAUUUACUGAAGAAUUGGACUUAAAGCCAGAAAAUGCCACUGUUGAUUUGUUGGGUUCAGCUGGUUCGAUUACUGUAACUAAGGAGGAUACCGUCGUCUUGAAUGGUGAAGGUACGAAAGAUAACAUCCAAGCAAGAUGCGAACAGAUUAGAACAACUAUUGACGAUGUUCACACUACUGAUUAUGAAAAGGAGAAAUUGCAAGAAAGAUUAGCCAAAUUAUCCGGUGGUGUCGCAGUUGUUAAAGUUGGUGGUACUUCAGAAGUUGAAGUCAGCGAGAAGAAGGAUCGUUACGAUGAUGCUUUGAAUGCUACCAGAGCUGCUGUUCAAGAAGGAAUUUUACCAGGUGGAGGUACAGCUUUGAUCAAGGCUUCUAGAGUUUUAGAUAGUGUCAAAUCUAAGGCAGCUAACUUUGACCAGAAGUUAGGAGUUGAUAUUAUCAAGUCUGCUAUUACCAAGCCUGCAAGAAGAAUCAUCGAAAACGCUGGUGAAGAGGGUGCCGUUAUCGUUGGUAAAAUCUAUGAUGACGCAGAUUUUAACAAGGGUUAUGACUCGUCCAAGA